GAAAGUCAAAUGCUAACCCCUACUAAGUUAAGAGGUGUAUUAGCAUGAUAAUUAUAUGCAUUGUUUCCAGAGUGCUUCGAGUAGAUCAGUAGCGACUAUUUUUUUUUUUUUGCAAAUACAUAAAUUUGUUUAAGUGCAAUAGAAAACAAGGAAAAUAUAAUGGUUAAAUUAUGCAACUCAGUAAUUUUAUUUUUAUUAAUAUUACCCUCAUUAUUUGUGAACUGUAGUUUAAUAAAAAAAUUGAAAUCAAAAAUUGGUACACCAGCACCCAAACAAAACUAUAUUUACUAUGAUAUGAUCACUAGAAAAAAAAUACCUAUGCUUCAAAAGUUGGGUGAUCAACAAGAAGAACCUCAUACAUUAAGGUUUGGACGUAUACCCUGUUCUUGUCAAAACUAUAUAUGUGGUUGCUGCUCAAGAAUUAAUAUACGACUCUUUAACUUCAACAGGCUAGGAUGUCUCAACAUUACUUAUGACCCGACGGAUUUUGCCAUUAAAGGGAACAUGUUCAUGGACGAAGAAUCUUUAUACGAAUACAAAGUAUCUGCCAAAAAUCCUCCUCCUGCUUGCUUACAGAUACCUAUGCCAUACAUACCUGCCACUGACAUGUGCAUAAAAAUGUUUGACAUUUAUACGCCUGGCAAAAACUUACACAUGUGCAUCAAUUUCCUCACACGUAUCGAACACGCCGAAAUAUUUGUACUAGAAUUCGAUUGUAUUCAAUUUGGUAGAGACGGCGUGAGUAUACAAAAAUUCAAUUCAACUACAUCCACAUCGAGUACAACUCAAACUACGGUAUCGUAUGAUUCGACAGUACCAGACUUAAAUAUAGACCUUAUGGAGUAUAACAAUACAUUGAACGAAAAUUUGUAG